AGUUCGCCGAGCCGUUCAUGGCCCCGCUCCCGGCCGGGCCGGUCCCUUCCCUUCCCUCUCCGUGCGCUGCCACCCGGCGUCCUCCCGGAAAUUCUUGACUUUCCCUUCCGGGAACCCUCUCCGGGGCUGGCGGCGGAUCCUCACUUAUUUUACCUAAGUUAAGCAAUGGAACCGUACACUAAAGAAAAAAGAUCAUCCUUGGGUCUUUGGUGUUCAUGUUUGCAUGAAAGAAUCUAGGAUGUUCCAAGAAAAGGUGUCAGCCAAUUGCUUAAAUAUGGUAACAGCAUCUACUGAAGAUGGUGCUUUCCAGAAAAAAGGCCAUAGUGCUCGAGUCCUUAGCCCAGAAGAAGCAGAAAAACUGGCAAAAGAUCAGGUUUUGGUGUCUGAGUUCAAACAACUAAAACUGGAGAAAGAGGCACAGAAGAACUGGGAUCUAUUUUACAAAAGAAACAGCACCAAUUUCUUCAAAGACAGACAUUGGACAACCAGAGAGUUUCAAGAGUUAAAGGCAUGUCGUGAGUUCGCAGAUCAAAAACUGACCAUUCUGGAAGCAGGCUGUGGGGUUGGGAACUGCUUGUUUCCACUCUUAGAAGAAGAUCUGAAUAUUUUUGCAUAUGCCUGUGAUUUCUCUCCUAGAGCUGUUGAGUAUGUGAAGCUAUUAAUUGAAAGCAUUGUUACCAAGAACCACAAGGCACAGACAGCAUUUUUCAUGGGGAAGAUGGGAAGAAAUACCUGUGGCAAACAGAAAAGGACAGCAGCUCCCUGGGAUGUUGUGGCUGCACUCCAAGAUGAGAAAAAUGCCUUAUAUACUACUGAAAGAUGUAAAGUGUUCCAGUGUGAUCUUACCAAAGAUGAUCUUCUAGACAAUAUACCAGCAGAUUCCGUGGAUGUUGUCACACUUAUAUUUGUGCUUUCUGCCAUUCAUCCUGACAAAAUGCAUCUUGUCCUGAGGAACAUUUACAAGGUGUUAAAACCAGGCAAGUGUGUCCUGUUCCGAGACUAUGGCCUGUACGAUCAUGCAAUGCUCAGGUUUAAAUCUGGCAGCAAACUUGGGGAAAACUUUUAUGUCAGACAAGAUGGGACAAGAUCUUAUUUUUUUACUGAAGAGUUCUUAUUUCAGCUUUUCAAGGCUGAGGGAUAUGAGCAAGUGGUCAGUGAAUAUGUGCAGCGAGAAACUGUGAAUAGGAAAGAAGACUUGCGUGUACCAAGAGUUUUUCUUCAAAGCAAAUUUCAAAAGCCUUUCAGUGAGACAAGUUCUUGCUGAUUAGCAACAGCAUUGCUUGUUUGAAAUGGAAGCUAGCACAUCAGCUGUGUACUCAUCUUUCUGGUGAACCAAAAAUGACAGCACCCAGUAUCUCUUGUUGGUUUCCAUCUUAGGAUACAAAAUAUGAAUGCUAUUUUAAUUCAAUUUAAUAUUUAAUUCCAUUUUAAGACAGUUUAGUGAUGCAGGCAGCCUGUUGAGCAUCUGUAUUCCUGCUUCUAAAAUAAAACCUGUGCAACAUUGUUGGAGGAUGAGGUAAAGCAUAUAAGUAAACUUCCAUUUUUAUUAAAAACUAUUUUAAAAUAAGUCUCCUGUAUUUCCUGUCACUUGUGAUUUUUGAGGCUUGUUAAAUUUACAAUAUUUCAUUUAUUUGCAGUACUUGUAGGACUUCUGAGUGUACUUCCUCAGAUACAGAAAUGAAACAGACUCAGUGAGCGGUAUAGUGUAAGCUGCCUUAAUAUUUUAAUAAUGGUAUCUUUUUAAUAUGCUCAGCAUUUAGAUGUGUAAACAAAUGUUUAUAUUCUAAGUAAGAUCUUAAUUUAUCUGAUUUCAUGCUUGAAAAAGUAUGUUUGUGGAUCAGGUUGUAUUUAUCCCUAAUUAAUUUAAGAUGUUCUUAAUUUAAUGUGCAGAAAUAUUUGAAGUUUCGCAAGCCAGCUUCCUUUUUGAAACUGAAAUCAGCAAGUCAGGAGUAUUUUCUUUGAUAUGAAGUGUAGUCACCUGCUUCUUUCCUGAGCAGAGGACUUAAGUCUUUUCUGUCACUCUCAGGAAAGUUGUGUUGGUCUUGGUCCUUGCUGCCACUAAAAGCCAUUGUACUGUUGCUGCUGCAGACAUAACUGCUUGAAGGAACUUUUAGAUGUAAGGAACAUCUUUUCCUUACAGCUCUUUGCACUGUGGCACUUUGCACUGCAGGACCUUUUCUGUGUUUUUGGAUGAUGUAGUUUCAAUAUCAUGCCUGGGGUCUUUAACCUGCAUUUUGAACAGCUGCAUUGCAGCAGAGGAAGCCCAGAAGUGUCCAGUGACUUGUGCAGUGGCCUGUGUUAAUCCCGUAUAAUGUACACAAUUUGCAACAGGGGAAAUUCCAGUGAAAUACUAAGGGGAGAUCAAAUACUAGGCCAGGGCCCAGAGAAGUUGUGGAGCUUGCAUUCUUGAGAAUACUUGGAAUAAGACUGGCCAAGGCCUUGAGCAUCCUGUGACUUUGAGGGGGCCCUGUUCUGAGUAGGGAUUCCAUCUCUGGCUGUAUAUAUGAGCAUGUGAUUGCUUGACUCAAGCUGUCAUUCCACUGGACUUGUGUGCUGUUAGAUGACCCAGUCAUAACACAUCUGAUGUUGACCAGAGGUGACUUUUUUCCUCUGUUUAUGACAUAAGAUAUAAUAAUAAUAUUUUUUUUUUCAGGCUCUUAACACUGAGUGUAUGUGCAUGAAAAGAAAGAAAUAAUAAUUUUCCGGCCUGAAGCCUAAUGUUACAAAAUUAACCAGUCGAUUUUUUUUUAAAAAUUGGAGCUGCCAAAGGUCUUAUUCAGUUGAUAUGGUUAGAAAUAAAUUUGCAACAGAACACAAGUCUUUGACCUCAGAGGAAAAAAUGCCUAAAUCACUCACAAUUCUCCUAAUGACUUUUUGAGGAGGGUUAUUACAUGUCAUCUCCUUUUUUUAUGGAGAGUAUUAUCCCAGAGAUUUAUGCAUUGCUGGCCCCUGCUGUGCAACCCAUUAGCUCUUUCUGCCAUGCUAGUAAUAAAUAUCUAGUAACAUUUAUAGUAAAUGAAAAGCUGUGCUAAAAAUGGAUAUAACAAUGACAGCACUAUUCUAAUCUGAGCUAUCAUUAUUUGCUGGCUUUCAUCAGCACAUGUUCAUCUUUAGCACAGCAGUUUUGCAAUGACUACAUGUAGUCAGAGCUCUGUUGAGAUUUAGUGGUGUUUGCAGCCUGUAAAUCCAAGUGCCUUUCAGGACUGGAGGCUUGGUCCUUUUGGAGUAUACAGCAUAUAAAUGAGACUGAAGGAAUGCCUUGCCUUAUCACGGUGCUUUGUGUUUGUCAUCAUAUGCAAAAUCAAGUGGAAUGAACUGUUUAUCCCCAAAAUGAAAUGAGAUGUAGGCAAGAAUCAAAAAUACUAAUCAGAAGUCAGCCCAAUAGACUUAGCUGCAGACUGCCACUGAGUUCCUUUUUACACUGAACUAACUAUUGCCAGAACAAUAAUACAUGUUUUUGUGUGUGUCUACAGCUUCAUUAUUUCUGUGUACACUCUUUUGUGUAGCAGCAUGUUAAAUGGAGAGCAGUAUUUCUGACUUUUUUAUUAUAUCUUAUUCAGUCUCAUUUGCAGUCAGACCUUCAAAAUAAAGUAGCAUGCAUUAGUGCCCCUGCCAGAAAGUUCUUCUGCUAUAGUUCUCAUAAAUCAGAUGUUAUUUGGAGAUGAAUGGUCAGAAAGGUUAAUUUGGUUUCUAUGACUCUGCUUCUGCAGACUUUAAAUCAUGGCAAUUUUUUUGUAACUGUGGUAGAGUUUGAGGAAGUUGAGUCAGCUUUAAGAAAUCCUUGCCUCAUCAUGUGAGACACAGUAACUGAUGGGUUGCAUGUGGUUGUUGUAGUGCUGAGUAAAGUGGAUCCACUCCCCCCAUCUCUUCAGCCUUCCCAAGCUCAAGUAAGCUCAUCAGCAGCACAGGCCAACAAUACCUGUGCCUUGUAUCCUCACCUGAAGGAGCUGCAGUGAUAGGAUAAGGAGUUACUGGUUCAGACUGAAAGAGGGGCAACUUAGGUUAGAUAAGUGGAUAUAAGAGAUAUUAGGAAAAAAUUCUUUACUGUGAGGGUAGUCAGGCACUGGAACAGGUUGCCCAGAGGAGCUUAGGAUGUCUCAUCCCUGGCAGUAUUCAAGGCCAGGCUGGAUAGAGAGACUCUGAACAACCAUGGCAGGGGGAUUGGAAUUAGAUGAUCUUUAACGUCCUUUACAACCCAAACCAUUCUGUGUAGAACUGUCCUUAGGGAGAUGUAGUCAUCAGGGAUAAUGGUCUUAAAAUGACUUGAAAAAAGCAUAUAUGUGCUGAAUCAUGCUCACCUUGCAUGAGCAAACUACUAUGCUGUGAUUGGAAUAAAUGUCCUCAUUGUUCUUUGAUUUAAGCUGUCUGCAAUCAAUGAAGGCUGCUGGGCUGACUCAAUUGUCUGUAGAAGACCUGCUUUUUGUUCCCCCUAAGAUGAACUAGCUGCUGUAUCUGGCAAGCAUAAGUAGUAAGUUCCUUUAUGCCAACACCCCGUUCUGAGCAAUAUUUAGGAUAGAAGAAAAUAAUUGUUGAAGUAAUGGGACUGAAAAAACACAAUUUUUUUUUAAUGUUUUGGUGCCCUAUGUUUACAUUUUCUGAUGUUUAAUAAAGUAUGAACUUGGAUUAAGGCUUUUCCUGAAGUCUGGGAAUCCUAAAUGCUGCUUUUCAGUGGGGAAUUUUCUGAUGUCUCCUGGAAUUGGACAGCAUGUAUUAAGGAAUGAUGUUAAUGAACAGUGCUUCAGUGAGGACAUGGGUAAGGUCUGACUGUCAAAUAUUUUUAUCAAAUUUACAGAAGUAUGAAGUCUUUGAGGUAUCUGACAUUGUGUGUCCUUUCUGUCAAAGGACAGCUUCUGUCAAAUUUGGUUGAUGUUGUCUGAUGUCUGACAACAAGCUACGACUGGACAGAAAUCCACACAGGUAUUUUUUCUAUACUAUAUGGAUGAGUGAGCUUUCUUUCCUUAGAAAUAUGCACUACUGAGAAAAAAGCACUUGAACUUUAAGGUGAUAGUAUCGCAGCAAGUUUUGUGGUUCAUUUGGUAGCUAAAAAGCUAUUUCAGGUGUAUCUUUCAGGUACCUGAAAUCUCCUUGGGUUCCAAAGGUAGAAUAUUUAAGUAAUUAAUACAAUACUAGAGCCAUGGUUGAUUGUGCAUCACUUCUAUGAAACCAGCUGCUAUAAAAGCGGGACCUGAAACUCCAGCAGCUGUAAGCAUCAGCAGUCAACUGUAAAACAUACAGCCUUGGUCUCCUAGGAGAAAACUGGUAUAUAAAAUCAAAAAAGGUCAUUUAUAUGCUCACCUGUUAUAAUAUUUUUUGCUUGAUCUGUUGAACAGGUCAUACAUCUGAAUAUACUGAGAGAUACAAAUUACAAAUUAGGAAGUGCUUUAUCAAAGAGUUAGUUGAAAGAUAUAUAUAUAUAUAUAUAUAUACACACACACAUAUUUGGAGAGGAUAUCAGUGUUGAGAAUUAGUGUGUGAAGGAAAAAUGGUGAGAUUAUGUUUAAGUUUCUGGGGAAAAAAAAUACCUGAGUUUCAUAGACCAGGGAUGACAUAAUUAAAUAAACUGUUCAUUUGAAAAGGGAAAUUUUAGAAAUGGAAGCCUGCGGGUUCCAAAAUUAGACUGAUGUUCCAGGGAGGCAGAAAGGUGGGAUCUGAUAGUUUGUGGUAUUAGUAAUACAUGCAAGACUCUGUGGGAAGCAAAAUUUUAUAUUGGAAAGAUAUUGCUGAGAUACAAUUAGUGAAAAUAGGUAAGUAUUUUUUAAGGAGUUUUACCUUACCAUAAUGUAGCUGUGAUGAAUUUUUCACUGGUUAUGAUUGCUAUUAGGAAAGAUUGUGAGCCAUUUCAAACAUUUGGGAGCAAACAUUUGCUAGUUAUACAUGCUGCAAAAACAUCUGACCCUUGGGUGCAGUAGGUUCAGGAUAUGAGUAUGUUUGUGCUCUGUGUUUGUAAUGUAAGUUCAUUUAUUAGAGCAAAGGCAGAUGGUGUGCCUGCACUGUGGGAGGCACACAGAGGCAUUGCUUGCAAAGAUAGAAGCUAUUAGCCAGGUAAGAUGUUCCAUUAGAGAAUCUUUUUCAUUCCCACUUCCUAGGCUGAUGUGCACCAUUCAUUGUGUUUGCAGCAGGGUGCCAUGAAAUCAGGGAAGACAAGGGCACAAGAAAAAGACUACAUGAUUCUUCCAAAUGAAUAGUGAUUUUGUGUAUUUCUACUUACAUGAUUCUGUUUGUGACCAUUUACCCUCUUUCCCAGCAAAUUUUAGGUCUCAUCUUUGGAAAAUUUGAUUGCUUUUGAAGGUCUUUCCCAAAGACACAGGCUUAACUUAUAUGCUUGAAAAAUAUACGAUGUGAAACAUUUAGAAAGGCAGCUGCGUGACUGAAAAUACAAAUCCAGCUCUGUUUUCCUCCUUUGACUUGUAAGAAGCUUUAUACUUCACUGUCACUUCAGUGCAUUUUCACAGUUCCCAUUUUGAGGUGCUGUACUGUCUUAAGUUAGAUGGCACCAAUCACCUGCAUCUCUGGUUUCUGACGCCUGUAGCAUCCAGAGAACUUAGAAUGGAAAUAAAUGAGGGUAGUUACAGAGAAAAGUCAGAAAGCAGCCAAGCUACAAGUAGACAAGCCUAACUACUGUCUAGGCUCCACUCUAUUUUUCCACAGCCCAUUUCUCUGGACCCUUGGAUUGCUGUGGUAAACUUGGUAGAGCAGAGAAGCUGCUGUUCAAUGGGAUAAUGAUACUUUCAUACAUAUGGGAUUGUUGUGCAUCUGAAAUUUGAGGAUAUUCAUGGGGUUUUUUGGGGUUUUUUUCCCCCCAACUUUGGUUUCAAACUUUUCUGUGAAACAGGACACUUAAUUGGAAUUCUUAUCAUUUAAUGAAAGCCC